AUGCUGUCGGGCGUUCGCGCGCUGCGACAGCAGGGGAAAAAGGCACUGGAGAAAUUGUACGGCGGGGACACCGUCGGCCCCGUUCAUGACGCUCACACGACGGCACAGCAUGAGGGGCGGGCGCUGGAGCACGCCGCAUCGGAGGAGGUCAGCGCGAUGUGCCGGAGGUGCGCGUCGAGCGGGGCAUCGCUGGAGGAUCUGCACCAGCUCAACAGCGACCUCGCGGCUCUCCGGGUUGCCCAGCUGGGUACUCUGCUGCGCCUCGUGGCCCGGGCGUACGACGGAGCCGAGAGGCUUGGGCCCGACGACGACAGUUCAAAGGAUGUCGCUGCGCGUGCGGGCGCGCCGGCAGUCGACCGGACAGAGCGCAAGGCGCUGGCAACCGCUCUGUCUGAUGCCGCGGUGCAGGGCGCUGCUCGCGCGGUGCUCGGCAGGGACAGCGCCGAUCGACUGGCGCUGCUCCCGCAGCUGAUGGAGGAGGAGCGGCGCGCCGCGGCGGAGGUCCAACGAGCAGAAGAAGCUGCGUCGACCAGCGAAGCACAGCUUGUCUUCGCGCGUGACGUCGAGGCCGUGGGCGCGCUCCUGGACAUCGGCGAGCUGCGCGAGGCCGCGCAGCAGGUCGACGCGCUGCGUGGCCGCGGCGAGGACGACGAGGACGCCGACGACGGCGGCGCGGCGUCCGGGGACGUGGGUGGGAGUGCCGCGCUGAGUGGGAGCCAGGAGGCCCGGGUGCAGGUGUGCAGGAUGCUGCGGGCGCGCGUGAUGGCGGCGGCCAUCGCUGCGGUGGACGGAUCGGUCGAGUGGUGCGACGGCCCGCCCAAGGGUGGGUCCGGGGACGGCGAGCCACCACGGGCCGUGUUGGUGCUUCGUGGGGGCGCCGGGGCUGGGGCGGCGGCGGCGCUGGGCGGGGAUUCGCUGGCUGCAGCGGUGGACGUCGCGGGCGGCGCGACUCUGCGCGAGGCGUGGGCGCUUCUCGACGAGGGGGGUCUCUUGGAAGAAAAAAUACAUGGGCUCGCAGCGACGGCGCUGGAACGGCUGCUGCUGCCGCUGACGCGCCGGGACUGCGCGCUGGAGGUUCACAGCGAGCGUACGGGCGAGCGCGUGGAGCUCCGGCUGCGCGAGGGUGCGGACACAGCGGGCACUGAGUCUGGGCUCGUGCAGGCGUACGUUGCGCUGUGCGGUGGGGCGCUGUGCGGGAACCCGAGCCUCGCGGGCGUGCUCGGGUCCCUGACGUGGCGCGUGGUGUCGGCGACGCUGCUCGCGGAGCUGCAAGCGAUGCUUGACGCGUGUCCCGCAGCGGGAGGCCGCCUUGUGCAGCCACCCGAGGUUCGCGGCGGGGCGGAGCGGAACGACGGGUGGGACGCGGACUGGGGCUGGGACGAGGGGGCCGGGGCCACUGAUGGGUGGAGCGACGACGAGGGGCAGUUGGCGGAGAUCCUCGGGGGCGAAAAGCGCGAGGCCGGCGCGCACGCAUCGCGGCGCAGCGAGCCGCUGCUGGCGUACGAGGCAGCGGCGCAGGCGGCGUGCGAGGCCGAGAGCGCCCUGCUCCGCGCUGGCAUUGUGCCGUCAGGGGACGCUGCGCAAGACCCACCGCGCGGCGAGCUGUCGUUGAAGCUCGAGGCGCUCGAGGACCCCAAGUUGUCGGCGGAGGUGUCGACGUGGGCGGCGGCGGCGACCCGGGCGGUCGCGGGCGAUGUCGACACCCUGGCGGAGGAUGCUGACGUCGACUUGCCGUCCACGGCCGCAAACCGGCGGCUGCACACCAGCCGCGCGAUGCUGCGUGCCGUCGAGCUAGUCCGAGCCUGCCGCAUCCGCGCCGAGGGAUACCUUGCGCGGCGUGCGUGGGAUGGUGCGCUGGCAGCGAUGGCAGACGAGGCAGGCAGGGCGCCGCUGGAGACGCACGCGAACGUGCUCGACGGCGAGCGCGAGGCGCUGAUGUACGCGAACGGGUGCCGGGCUGUCGCGGCGUGGGUUGCCGACGUCGCAGAGAGCAACCAACUGCACCGCAGCGCUGCCGCUGGACAGAGACUGGACCAGGUCGGGCAGGGCGUGCUUCGCGGGGCGCUGCUGCGUCGUCGAGCGGCUGUAUGGGAGGCCAUCGACGCCGCAGGGGGGCUCCAGGACCUCUCAAACGGCCGGAACGCGAUCCGCGCACGAGCUGCUGUGCGCCGCGCGGUCAGCGCGUUGGCGGCGGCGGGGCGCACGUGGGGACCGCUGCUGCCCGCAGCACAGUACGCGCGCGCAGCGUCGUCGCUGCUCAGCGCCGCGUGCGAGCGCGCGGCGGCGGCGGUGCUGUCGCUGGAGGACAUUGGGGCGGACGAGUGCGACGAGAUCCGCGAGGCUGUGUCGCCCCUCGUGGAGGAUGGGCCGGGGGCGCUCGCGCUGGAGGGCGUGUCGAGCAGCGACGUGAAGAAGGGGGCGCGCGGGUUCGGCCGUCUCGCGGCGCUGGUCGACAUUCUGAUGCUGCACAUGUCGGACGUGAUGGCACGGUGGGAGGCCGGCGCACUGCAGCAGGCGGGGCUGUCGGCGGCGGAAGUCGCGGGCUUCCUCACCGCGGUUUUCGACCGCAGCGCGUACUUGGACACGGCACUCGCGCGUCUGCAGCGCGACAUGGUCAGCGAACAGUGA